AUGUCGUCCCCAUCCUCGCGCUGGCUCCACCAAGGAACAGACCCUGGCACAAUCAUCACCCUCGAUCAACCUGUCCCUUCGCAGUGGAAGAUCCUCGAGAAGCUCAAUGAGCGUAACUUCCAGGCUAGUGGAGAAAUGCGUCGUCGCCAUGGCCACUACUCUUACGCUACAGCUAAACUCCUCUGUUGUGACCCAAAUACGCCCUCCAGGAGAGCCUUUAUGCGAUUUUAUCUUCAGGUUCCUUUUGAGGACACUGAGAUACAAGAUCCGAAGACCAGAUCCCGCCAGGCCACAACAUACGCGCCCCCAGACAAUGUACCAAAGCUCCUAGGAUAUAAGGUCAGCACUCAAGAUAAGUCAGGGCUGGUCCCAAAUGGGUUUGCGACCUGGCUGGCGUGGGAAAUGGUCCCAGGUCUACGCCUCGGUGACAAGCUUGGGAAUGAUCCGUACUGGACUCUGUCCGCUGUUGAGAGGGAACAUGUCCGUAUGGCCUUUAUGAAGGCUCUUCCCCAGGCGCUCGAGAAAGGGUAUGGACCUUAUACGCCCAGUCUCUCUAAGCUAGUCUGGCACAGUCAAACAGGCACCCUUUAA